AUGAUGCUAAAGCUUAGUGAUUUUAGCCAAGUGGUGCCUGAUUUAGGCAUGGAAGCUAAGAUAACGUCGCGAUCCUUGGCUUUGAACGUGAAGAAGCUAGUAGAGUUUUUGGGAUUUCCUUUUUCUCCAGAGGAAGAUGAAAAUGGUAUAGUUGAGGAAAUUGUUAGGCUUUGUAGCUUAGAGAAUCUCAGGAAUUUGGAGGUGAACAAGAACGGUGGUGUUAAUACUCCAGCUACUAAGUUUAAGGCUAGUUCCUUUUCUAGAAAGGGAAAAGUAGGAGAUUGGACAAAUUUUCUUACUCAUUCCAUGGUAGAACGUUACAAGAAAAUCAUGGAAGAAAAGUUGGGAAAUGUGGCUUAUCAUUUGAACUGUUCUAAUGGUUGA